ACAAUCAACUGUCAGAAUUUAUUUCAUUCUCUUCUGAAUAGACGUGAGAACUAUUUUUGUGCAUAUCAAAAAAGGCAAAAUAAUAAAGAAACUGUGCAAAUUAAAAUAAUUUUCUAUAUUUUUGUAAAAAAAGAAACAAAACUUCAAAAAUGACAGAUAUAAAAAAUGAAAUGGACAGUGAUUUAGAUCAAAAUUAUUCGCUCAACAGUAAUGCGGAUCCAAAAAAUAUGCAGGAAUUAACAAUCUAUGUGCAAAACCUUUUACAAAAUGUCCAGGAUAAAUUUCAAACCAUGUCUGAUCAGAUCAUUACACGAAUCGACGAUAUGGGGAAUCGAAUAGAUGACUUAGAGAAGAGCAUUGCCGAUCUAAUGAAUCAAGCUGGAGUCGAAGGCCCCGAAAAGUGAGAAAAUAAAAAAAAAUAUGAAGCCAUAGAGGCUGCUCAAUAAAAUGAAAAUAAAAAAAAAACCGAUUUAUAAGACCCCAUCACUUCACACUUUUUCACGCAUAUAUAAUCAUCCAUAUUCCUAUUCUUCAUCAUAUAAAUCCAUAUAACACAAAAAUUGUAGUGCAUUAAGCAUUAAUGUUUACCUUUUAUUUAAUGUUUAUUUUUCACAUUUAUUCUCUAAAGUUGAUCGAAAUAUAAAUCGAACUCAUUACUUCAUUUUCUU